CACAGAUGUCAGUGGAGUUUCUCAAUCUGUCACUUUGCUAGGUGGAGAGCGUUUGAUGGACGAAGGAAAAGUGGGAUAUAGCAGCUAUGACUGUCUGACAACUCCCGUGAGCGGACGCCCGAUGAGUACUUCACCUGAUAGCGUCUUGUUAUCACCUUUUAACUGUUUUACCGGUUAGCUACUCUUUUCGUUAUCUGACAACUGUGGAACAACACCCAUGCGCCCGUGUCAGAAGUCACCAUGCUAACCGCCGUUAGCUGCUGCUACUUGACGUAGCUAUGCUUUCUCUGCUACACUUGAGACUGCCAGCGGAAAGAGCGGUAAUUUGAUUGUAUCGGCUAUUUUUUUAAGCUACAAAGUGCGCGUCUUUUCGACUAGUUUUCCCCGUUCUGUAAAACGAAGCUAUCAAUCUUGUGACAGAAAUGGGAUUACACCCGCUGGAAUUCAGUGAAUGCUAUCUGGACAGCCCCAGCUUCAGGGAGAAAAUAAAGGCACACGAAGCCGAGCUGGACAAAACUAACAGGUUUAUCAAAGAGCUGUACAAAGAUGGGAAGAACCUCAUCAACGCGACGAAGCAGCUUGGCAUGGCGCAGCGAAAGUUUGCCCAGUGCCUGGGAGAGUUUCAGUUUGAGUACAUCGGAGAUGCAAAGACAGAUGAUGAAAAAUGUAUUGAUGAGUCUUUGCAAGAGUUCUCCUCAUUCCUGAGGAACCUCGAAGACCAAAGAGAGCUGAUGAUGAGAAACAUCACUGAAACCUUAAUGAAACCCUUGGAGAAAUUCAGGAAAGAGCAGCUUGGUACCGUGAGGGCGGAAAGAAAGAAGUAUGAGAAAGAAACAGAGAAGUACUACAGCUCCCUGGAAAAGCUUCUGAAUAUGUCAGCAAAGAAGAAAGAGCCACAGCUACAAGAGGCAGACAUCCAGGUGGAAACCAUGAGGCAGCACUUUCAGGAGGAGUCACUGGACUAUGUGUGCAAGCUGCAGGAGAUCCAAGAGAGGAAGAAGUUUGAAUGUGUGGAGCCGAUGCUGGCCUUCUUUCAGACAGUCUUCACCUUUUAUCACCAGGGCUUCGAGCUCGCCAAGGACUUCGACCAUUAUAAAAGAGCACUGCAGAUCAAUAUUCAGAAUACACGGAGUCGAUUUGAGGGUACGCGGUCAGAGGUGUACGAGCUGAUGAAGAGGAUCAGGGAGACGCCUCAAGAAUACAGACAGACCAGCCCUAUCAGCUGUGAAGGCUACCUCUACGUUCAGGAAAAACGGCCGCCUCCCUUUGGUUCAAGCUGGGUCAAACGCUACUGCACAUUUGUCAAAGAGCAGAAGAUCCUGCACAUGGUGACAUUCGACCACAGAUCUGGUGGGAAGAUUGGUGAGAUGGAGUCCGUCACGCUCAAAUCCUGCCUCCGCAAAACGACAGACAUGUUGGACAGGAGGUUCUGCUUAGAACUCGACAUAACAGAUCGGCCAGGGACGGUGCUAACAGUGCAGGCUCUGUCAGAGGAUGACCACAAGUUCUGGAUGCAGGCCAUGGGUGGGAAGGAACCUAUUGGACACUAUCUUGGGAGGACUUAUUCUAAAGAAAGAGGAAUUGAUGCCCAGCUGGAUGAUGUGGGUUUGGGUUUUGUGAAGAACUCCAUCAGCGCCAUAGAGACGAGAGGUAUUAAUGACCAAGGUCUGUACAGAGUUGUCGGGGUGAGCUCCAAGGUCCAGAAGCUCCUCUCAUUAAUGAUUGAUGAGAAGAGCAACGAAGUGGAUCUGUCCACCAGCGAGGACUGGGACGUUAAGACAAUAACAAGUGCACUGAAGCUUUAUCUGAGGAGCCUUCCUGAGCCGUUGAUGACCUAUGGACUUUACAAAGAGUUUAUUAGCCCCGCGAAGGGCGGUAGUCCAGAGUCUCGCAUCCAAGCCGUCCACUGCCUGGUCCACAAACUACCGGAGAGGAAUCGACAAGUCCUCGGGCUGCUUAUGAAGCAUCUGGCCAAUGUUGCGGCUCACAGUAAACAGAAUCUGAUGACCGUGGCCAACCUGGGCGUGGUGUUUGGCCCCACAUUAAUGAGGCCGCAGGAGGAGACUGUCGCUGCCAUCAUGGAUCUUAAGUUCCAGAACAUUGUGGUGGAGAUCCUCAUCGAACACCACGAAAAGAUCUUUGCAGAUGCUCCAGAGUCGUGCCCUCUUUCACCUGCUGCCCCAGUAUUCUCUGCUCCCACAAGGCAGUCCAAGAAGCUGAGUCGACAGAAUAGGCCCCUGGCUGUCUACAAUCCACAAGCCCUGGAUAUUCAGACUGUGUCAGCAGUGGGAGAUAGUUCCAGCUUAACUACAGAUGAGACAUCAAUGGGCAGCAAUGAGUCUGUGUCGUCCCAGUCAUCGUCAGCCUCGGCCUCAGAGACGCCUACAGAGAGGAGUGACCAUGCCCCACUUAGCGCCAGCCUCAGCUCGGGCAGCAACUCCAAGGCAUCCACAGCAGGAGCCUCCUGGUCCACUUCUGGAGCGCCAGGGCAGAGCCAAACUGCUGCCAUCACAGCUGCUCCUGAAAAAGAAAAGCCAGAGGAGAGAAAGAAUAUGAAAUAUUUAUCAGGGCAUCGUGUGUUGAAGGCACAACUUCUACAUGGUAAUGUUGCUGGCAUUCCAGAUAACGGUUUGCAAUGUGUCACCAGCAGGAAAGCCAAGGCAGUGUACCCAUGUGAGGCUGAGCACGACUCUGAGCUCUCCUUCCAGGUCGGCGCAAUAUUCAACGCCGUGACCCAGUCCAGAGAGCCGGGCUGGCUGGAGGGGGAGCUGGAGGGAAAGAGGGGCCUCAUUCCUGAAAACUAUGUGGAGAUGCUGUAGCCCCAGAUGGAAAUAUUUAUGGACAAGUUGUCACCUCCACCAGGAGCGAUCUGCAGAGAUGCAUGUGCCUCAACUCUGACUUUACAGCCUUGUUUAUCCAAAUCCCUGAAUUCUCUCAAGCAAGUGACAAUGUGGUGUUAUUGGUGGACUGUUUUUUUUUUUGGCUUGUAGGCCUUUGUGAUGCAUGUGCAGGCGUGUUUGAAUUAACUUUGGUCGAGAGCCCACCUGAAUUUCAGCGGCGUAGUUACAAAAUGGGUUUGCACUUAAAAUAUUCUGCUGUACACAAAGACGCUGUAGCUUCUCAACAACCAGGUAGCUUUGUUAGCAGCACCAGAGAAUGAGCGUGGGUCUGUUAAAGGCCUCGCUCUCUCCCCCAGUUAUACAUGGUAUCCAUGAGCUCCCCAAGUCAACGAGCGAUCCUCGGGAACUGCGAGGAUCGAGGAAUGUCAGAACUCAAGUCACUGUAAUCAGUUUUUUUUAUGACGUUUUGCACCAAAUCCAGCAGCUUUAGACCCUCUUGGCAAUGUUUGUUUUCAGCUUUUGAAAGAUUAGAGAUACUGUACCACCCGUGCCUUAACCAUCAGAACCGCCAGCGUAGAUGUACGUACGGGUAUGUAUGACAACGAAUUGGAGUGUUACUGCUUUUGCUGUUAAAGUUUUUGCAUUUUACUGUCAUUUUUAAGAAUAUUUGGAUAUUCAGAAUGAGGCACAUCACUAUUGUAAUUGUGUUUUAUUUAAUUGGCACCUUGAUUGCAUGACUUUUGAAUUUUCAGCACACUCUGUACUGUUUUGUUCUUGGUGCACUCCUUCACGGAAACACAGUGAAGCGCCUCUUUGAUGCCUGACAGACCUCUCGUGUUAAACACUAACAUCAGACGGAGUCAGCAGAGGUUCAUUUAAAUAGGUAAUGAUUCAAACCAAGUGUUUUUCCCGUCAAGUGAGCUCUUUUGUUUGUUUUUAAAAGCUUGUUUUGAACGUUGCUCAGUUUCCUCUGAGCAGAGAAAUGACACGCUCCCACAAAGUUGAGAUUUUACGUUAUCAUGAUUUUAUCUUCAACUUCAGUGGAAUAAGUAAUUAGAAAAGAAAGUUUUAUUGCCAAUUAGACCUUGAAAUGCAGUAUUUCAAAGUUUUAUAUCUGUUCGGUGUAUAUUAAAAGAGUUAUUACUGCCAAGUAUGUUUUACAUGUCUCCGUUAAGUGAUGGACAGGUUUUAAGUUUUUGUUUGGUUUGGUUUUAGUGUGUUCACAUUACAAUUCAUUUCAUGUUCAACAAGACACUUUUCAUUUGUCUGAGAGCUUUGGUUCAGCAAUAAUUUAAGACGUUGAUUUAUGAUGUUUGUAAAGGGCCUUAACUUCUUCUUUUUAUACCUUUGGGUAUCCUCUUGAUCAAUGUUAAACAAAUAAAGAUUGUUCUUUACUGUA